CCACCAGCGUGAACCUCCUCCCACCACGGCGGAGCAAUCCCUGCAACCUUUUACGGAAACUGCGCAAGUAACGUGCGUAGCGACAAAGACAGCGAGCCCAAAACCCUAUGGGGAAGGAAUGAAAAAAGAGAUUCGGUAUCGUCGCACUCUGUACCUAAAGACCAUCGCUUUCCGAAGAGUCGCUGGCCCGGAAGCCUCGGCGAGGACACCGACAUUUGAGGCAACAAGGGCGGCCUUUUGAUUCCGCGCGGAGCCACCGAAUUGGUUGAGGAAAACUGUGACAACUGGCAGAUUUUCCGUUGGACGGUCCGCAGGCUAGGCUAUAGCGAGGGAGCCGCCAUGGCAGUCGGAUCACCGAGCCUCCACAUCGGGAUAUGAAGAGCCACUGCAUGUGUCCCCAACUGUCGAGGAAAAACGCCGCAUUAACCGCAGAACCGCGCCGGGAUCAGCUCUCCUAACACUCGAUCUCGCCCUUCUUUUUGUGAAGGAGGAUUCUUCACCCAGAAAGACAUCGGGAUUGGUUUUAUUGGAGGUGGGGGCGGAGGGGGACGCACAGGGAGAGGCCAGAUUCAUGACUAUUUUAGUCGGAGACGUGUCUUCAAAAGGUCCGCCGAGAGCAACAAACUGGAAUCUAAGGAGGAAAAUGCUGCUCUGAUUGGCCGUUGAUGGCUAGGGAAGGACAAGAUUUUUAGGUGAUAGGAACUUAACGUUAGCGGGAUAAAGGGAUUAUAGUGCUUUUUCAAUUUACUCUCAUCCUUCUUUCGGAUGAGAAGGUUCGGCCAAGCGACCAGUGCCGCCGAUUAGCAAGUCACAGACUGCAUCAAGUCAAGAGCGUGAGCGAGAGAGAAGGGACGCGAGAGAAUCGAAGGGAUCGGAUCAUGUCUGGUCGGCCCAGGACCACAUCCUUCGCGGAGAGCUGCAAACCAGUGCCGCAGCCCUCGGCUUUCGGCAGCAUGAAAGUCAGCAGAGAUAAAGAUGGCGGCAAGGUAACAACAGUCGUGGCCACCCCAGGCCAAGGCCCCGACCGGCCACAGGAGGUGAGCUACACGGACACCAAGGUCAUCGGCAACGGCUCGUUUGGCGUCGUCUACCAGGCCAAACUCUGCGACUCGGGAGAGAUGGUGGCCAUCAAGAAGGUCCUGCAAGACAAGCGAUUUAAGAACCGCGAGCUGCAGAUCAUGAGGAAGUUGGACCACUGCAACAUUGUCCGCUUGCGCUACUUCUUCUACUCCAGUGGAGACAAGAAAGAUGAAGUGUAUCUGAAUUUGGUUCUGGAUUACGUUCCCGAGACGGUCUACAGAGUGGCCCGACACUACAGCCGAGCCAAGCAAACUCUGCCCAUGGUUUAUGUCAAGUUGUACAUGUACCAGCUGUUCCGGAGCCUGGCCUACAUCCAUUCUUUUGGGAUCUGUCAUCGGGACAUCAAGCCCCAGAAUCUGCUGCUGGAUCCAGAGACCGCUGUGCUCAAGCUCUGCGACUUUGGCAGUGCGAAGCAACUGGUCCGCGGGGAGCCUAACGUGUCUUACAUCUGCUCUCGCUACUAUCGAGCCCCUGAGCUCAUCUUUGGCGCCACCGACUACACCUCCAGCAUAGACGUGUGGUCAGCUGGCUGUGUUCUGGCAGAGCUGUUGCUAGGACAACCGAUCUUCCCUGGUGACAGUGGAGUGGAUCAAUUGGUUGAAAUUAUCAAGGUUCUCGGGACCCCAACCCGAGAACAGAUUCGUGAGAUGAACCCCAACUACACCGAGUUUAAGUUCCCCCAGAUUAAGGCACAUCCUUGGACUAAGGUGAGUCAACAGGUGUUCCGGCCGCGUACGCCUCCAGAGGCCAUCGCCCUGUGCUCUCGCCUUCUGGAGUACACGCCCACGGCUCGCCUCACCCCGCUAGAGGCCUGCGCACACUCCUUCUUUGACGAGCUGCGCGACCCCAACGUCAAACUGCCCAACGGGAGGGAGAAGCCCUCGCUCUUCAACUUCACCACCCAAGAGUUAUCCAGUAAUCCCUCUCUGGCCUCCAUACUCCUGCCUGCCCACGCCCGCAGCCAGGCCGCCGCCUCUACCCCAACCAACACCUCUGCCACCACAGAUGGCAGCAGCACAGAGCGCGGUCCCAGCACCACCACCACCGCCGCCUCGGCCUCGGCCUCCAACUCCACCUCCUGAACCCACAGACGCCCCGCCCCGCCCCAGUCUCAGCCCCGGCCCACGGCCUCUCCAUUGCCCCGGCCGGGGGUGCGUUCAGCUCUCCUCCCUGAACAGCAGCGGAGUGAUGCGAACGCUGUCCGGGUUCAACAGCCCCACGCCACAACCACAAACGCAGUAUCCCUGACCAACCCCCAACCCCCCCCCACCCCCACCCCGACCGGCCGCUCACCCGGCUUAGAACUCUGCUCCAUCCUCCGUUAGAGGCGUCUCUCUGUGCCCUUUCAAAGAGGAAAAGAAAGCGCAGGGCCAGAGCUGUUGUUGACUGUACUAUUGAUUAGAGUACACUGUACAUGUAUACACAAUGCUAGCCUGCUAAUGUUUGUAAGAGGACAAUCUGUAGACAAAGUCCUGAGCUUUUCCCCUGGCCACCCCCCCAUGUGUGUCCUCUUCCAAAAUGUCCCAUUUUUCUGCAUCCUAUGACCUCUGACCUCAUGUGUCUCCUGGCCGAUCCCACCUAUGGUUCCUCCUGUAGUGCAUGGCCUGAGUAUGGGUGGGAGGGGGGGUCAUCCACCCCUUUCACUUCUCAACUUCACCUCCACAGACAAGGCAUGAGGCUCACGCGCGGGUACACACAUACUCAUAAAAACACACACACACACACGCACAUCCCCACACACAUGGGUGCAUGAUGAUCCUGAUAUAUGUGGAAAGAAUCAGUCCACUUGUGUGGGUAAAGUUUGGACAUUAUUAUUUUUUUUUUUUGCCUCGGGUUGUUUUUAAAUGGUCAGAAAAGCUGUUUUACUCGACCUUGUUUUUAAUUUUUGUUUUGUACUCCUGGGCAGAUGUCUUUGGAUGUGACAUGUAUCUGGUCCUGUGUGCUUGUAUAAUAUAUACAUACAAUACAAACAUGCAUACAUACAGUUUAUAUAUUACUUUUCCUUAUGUAUAAAAGUAUAUAUAGAUAUAUGUAUAUUAACUACAAUGGUUCAGAUGUCAAUUAUGGUGAGCUCCUAUCUGGCAGAGCAGUGGCAAUAUUUGCCACUGCCUAAGGACAAUAGAGUUAGAUAUGGUGGUGUUUUUGUUUUCUUUGCUGGAGUGUGGUUAGAUUCCAGCAGUCUCUUCCUUGUCUCUUUUAUGGCUGUAGAUGGACUUAGGGCAUUGCUCUAGUUCCCGUCUUCGUACUGACUCUGUCCGUGGCGAUGUGACCGUGCAGUGUAGACAAACCGCUGAACCGGUCUGUGAAGAAUUCUCUUUCCACACUUCUUUCCUCGACACCUUGAGAGGUCUCGUGUUGUGACCACUGACUGAAGUGUUAGCCUAGCCUUCGUUCUCACCCACAUAGAGCCACUCGGUACAGUCUGUCCAAGCGUCUCAUCGACAGAAUACUCACUACAUUAAAAAAAUAAAAUAAAGAGGAAAUGAAAAAAGCAGAAUUUGUAUAUACAGUAUAAAUGCGCCUCACCAAAAUUCUGACAUGUAUGACUUGUAUGUUUAUUUUUUUCAGGUUUUGUUUUUUUAUGUUUAUGGUAUGUAUAUAUGCAGACCCAUGUACUGUUUAUGAGCAAAAACAAAGACGAAAAACGGUAUGGAGACAUGAAAAAAGAUUUUAAAAAACAAAGCAAUCAGGGCAAAACUGAUGUUUGUGGAAAUUGUAGAGAUGAAGAUGAUGAUGAUGAUGAUCAGCUUUAUCCAGCCAUAUGUUCAAUCUUACCUGUACAGUAGAUGACAGCUGUAUUAUUGUAACAAGAACUAGUCAUGUAUAGUGUAACUAUAGUUUGGAGUGCCUUUGCUUUCAUACACCUUCGCCUUGUUUCCCUCCUCACCCAGCAGCCCCCCCUCGCCAUCACUGUCUCACCCCCAUUGUGACUCUCCUUUUGAAGGUCCUGCUAUCCUGCAACACACAUGCGCACACACACACACACUCUGUUCCCACUUGAAUAUCAGCUCCCUCCAUUUUGCACCAUUUCCCCCUUUUUUUUUUCCAUUGCACAUUUCUUGUAAUAUACAGACAUUGUUAAUUGUAAGAUUUUUUUUUUUUAGAUUUUCCUUAAUUGAAGACACAAUUAUAUGAGUGUUUUAAUACUUUAUCUUGGGACACAGCUGCACGCACACAUGUAUACCAUAGUUCUGGCACAGGGCUCCGGGGUAUGAAGUGAGGUGAGGGGGUCCUCCUAUACAGUGUAUGUAAAUGUAUAUACACACAACACAGCACCGUGCCGGUGUUAAUCACAGUGUUGGUUCUGUUACCAAAGCCAAAAUAGGAUGUAGUUGUCAUCCUCCGAGGCAGUAACGCAUCCUGUCUCUUCUCUCUGGAUAUUUUGUUAUUAAUCUGUCCUCUUGCCUCCUCUCCUUCCCGUCGGCAUACUUGGGCGGUGGGAGGGAUUCAGUAGCACCUAAGGUCGAGUCAUGUAGCCUCUCUUCUGUCUCCUGCUUGCUGUAAUUUUGCAUUCAUGGAUGUGUUGGUAGCCACCACAGAAAAGUUUGAGCACCUCCCCCUAUCCCUAACUCUAGUUCAAUAAAACACCACAAAGGUUCCCAAGACAAGCAAGCAUACAUGCUAGUAUAAUAUAUAAUACAUUAUAAUAUAUUAUACUAGCAUUUACAGUAUGCUACCUAGGGUAAAAGAAAAAUCAUGGAAAAUACUACAAAAGCAUCCUGUAUAACAGUACUACUACUUGAAUGCCUCCGUUUGUGACUGAAAUGUUUUUUUUUCUUCUGUUCUGUGAAGGUAAGCUAAAUGUGCACCUGUGUAAAUAUAUUCCCCUUGCGUGCUCUGAGGAAUAGUUCCCUGGUACUGUAAUUUGCAUUAAAUAAAGAGUAGGUUAGCCUGGAAAUGAU